GUUACCCGGAUGAGCUGUUGUUCCAUAGGCGGUGCUGUUCCGGGACUGAGAGCCGUUCACACAGCAGACAGACUGGCAGACCAGAUACCGAUCUGUUCCUCAGGAUUUCACACACAAACCUUAUUAAUACUCAUCUUUAAAACCUUUUCCUUCAACACGACGGUUAGAGGAUCGUAUUAUCGCUGAGAUGAACUGACUUAAAACACCGUGGGCUUUAUUUUGAGGUCAGUUAUCAUGCAGUGAGAGGGGCUGAUUCCUGACCCUGCUGUCCCAUGCCCACAGUGCCAGACUGAGGUGCUCUCUCAGGGGCGUCUCUCGCUCCCUCGGUGCCCGGAGCCAUGGAGCACACGCGGGAGAAGGAGAGCGAGCGGCCGGUGCGGAACACUAAGGCUGCUCAGAGCCGCAGCACACACUCUCGCCCGUCCGGCUCUGGGUCGUCUGGCGUGCUGAUGGUCGGUCCAAACUUCCGCGUGGGAAAGAAGAUCGGAUGUGGAAAUUUUGGGGAGCUAAAGCUUGGUAAGAAUCUUUACACCAACGAGUAUGUUGCAAUAAAACUGGAACCUGUGAAGUCGAGGGCACCACAGCUGCAUCUGGAGUACCGGUUUUAUAAAACUCUGGGAAGCACAGUGGAAGGGCUACCACAGGUGUACUACUUUGGCCCCUGUGGGAAGUAUAACGCAAUGGUUCUGGAGCUGCUAGGUCCUAGUCUGGAGGACUUGUUUGAUCUGUGUGACCGAACGUUCUCCUUGAAGACCGUCCUCAUGAUUGCGAUCCAGCUGAUAACUAGGAUGGAAUACGUCCACUCGAAAAACCUCAUCUACCGGGACGUCAAGCCGGAGAACUUCCUAAUCGGCCGUCAGGGCAGUAAAAAGGAGCAAAUAAUCCACAUCAUCGAUUUUGGUCUUGCAAAAGAAUACAUCGACCCAGAGACCAAAAAACACAUCCCUUACAGAGAACACAAGAGCUUGACGGGCACAGCACGUUAUAUGUCCAUCAACACACAUCUGGGAAAAGAGCAAAGUCGACGAGACGACCUGGAAGCCCUGGGCCACAUGUUUAUGUACUUCUUGCGGGGCAGUCUGCCGUGGCAGGGUCUGAAGGCGGACACGCUGAAAGAACGUUAUCAGAAAAUUGGAGACACCAAACGGAACACUCCCAUUGAGGUUCUCUGUGAGAACUUUCCAGAGGAGAUGGCGACGUACCUGCGCUACGUACGGCGGUUAGAUUUCUUCGAGAAGCCCGAUUACGAGUAUUUAAGGACUCUCUUCACCGAGCUUUUCGAAAGGAAAGGAUAUACGUUCGAUUACACGUACGACUGGGUCGGCAGACAGAUCCCGACGCCGGUCGGGUCGGUUCAGGUGGAUUCCGGAGCCUCUGCCAUCACUAGAGAAUCCCACACUAACAGAGAAAGACCUUCACAACAUCAGCCACUGCGGAAUCAGACGGUCAGCUCGGAGCACAGGGGCGCAUGGGACACGCAGCCUCAUCGGCACACCAACCUGUCUUACCUGAGCUCAUAUAUGGCUUCUGACCGGCAUGGUGGUUCUGCACAGGUGAUCAGCUCAACCAACGGGGAGCUGAACGCAGACGACCCUCUGGUAGCCCAUUCCAACGCACCGAUAACAACGCAGGCAGAAGUGGACGUGGUGGACGAGGCCAACUGCGUGAAAAUGCUCAACUUGUGGUGCUGUUGCUUCUUCAAGCGUAAAAGGAAGAAGAGUUCCCCGAGGCACAAAUGAGCCGAAUUCCUCUUCUCCUUAUUGUCACUGCACUGUUGACGUGAGCCUCCGUACGGAGACGCGUUUACAGCCGGACGUUUUCGAGGCCGAUACAUACAGUACAUACGGUGGCCCUGCAAAGAAAGUUAAGCUUCUUAACAGUCCAGAGGCACCUGGACAGGACUUUCUCCCGUUUGCACUCUUUUAAUUUGCCUUUUCAUCCCGAUAUUCCUUUAUUUAAGUAUUUUAAUGUUUUUACGGAUGUCUGUCCCUACGAGGAGCCGGUCGGUAGACGACGGUCAUGCCGCAUUUCUUCCUGGAUGGUUGUAUUUUGCUACGGAUAUUUUAACUUGUUCCCAAAUGUUCAACCAUUUCAAGGACCUUUCUUGCUCUUGUGCUCGACUCGACCUGUUUAUUGUUUGUUUGUGUUUUGUUAACUUUUUGUCUAACCCCCCACCCCCACCCCUCCCCUCCAUGCUUUUGGACAGAGAGGAAUAUAUCGCCCGGUGGUACCUGGACUCGAUAGCACAGCUUACUUCCACUUCGCCACAGUUUUCUUCAACGGAUUCUGUGCAGUUUGAUUAUAAAUGUCCAUUUACUGUAUGCAUCCUGUCUUACGUCCACCCAUAAACACAUAAGCAUUGUGUCAUCACAAAAUAACUCAUUUAAUGCAAGGUUCAGAUCUCCAUAAUCACGAAAACCGGCACAUCGAAACGAAUGUGUUUACACCGGAGACGAAUAUUAUUGCAUGUAAAAGUGCAAGUACGUACUGUGGGUCAGUAUGUAUACUGUGGGUCAGUAUGUAUACUGUGGGUCAGUAUGUAUACUGUGGGUCAGUAUGUAUACUGUAGGUCAGUAUGUAUAUUGUGGGUCAGUAUGUAUACUGUGGGUCAGUAUGUAUACUGUAGGUCAGUAUGUAUACUGUGGGUCAGUAUGUAUACUGUAGGUCAGUAUGUAUACUGUGGGUCAGUAUGUAUACUGUGGGUCAGUAUGUAUACACCUACGAGUCUCUAAAGGGGUUUUACAUAAGUAGAUGACUGGCUUGUGAAGGAUUUUGUCCCCUAAGACCGAAAUCUAAAAAAAAAAAAAAAAGAAAAAAAAUCUUUACUCGAUAUAUUGACGUAUUUAUCCUGAAGGUAUUUGUGGCAUGUAAAAUGUUUGAUUGAUUAGGUAACCAAAAGCCAUAUUUCAUGGAACUGUGUAUUUAAUCGUAUUGUAGUUUGCAUGAUCCGAUCCACGGCUUCUCUUAAUACAGUUACAUCAUCAGGGGUGUAAAGGAGAAAGCCCAAAUAAAUCAGUACCACUCACUUUAGCUUCAGCUUGCAGACCACAUGCGCUAUGUGCUGUUAUAUAGAAACCUUCAGCUUGGAAUGUGCAAUACACCAUUCCCAAAAUCUUAAAGCUUAGAAUCCUCGAUUAUCAUCAUUUCUUAUGUGUGUGUCAUAAUUUUCAAAUGAUGAAAGCCAUUUAGAAUAGAAGACAUGUCCCCACAGAUGAGGCCAACAGAUUGAAUUUUCCGGGUCUUGUACAGUUUACGUCCGCUGUAUCCUGUGACACGUUAUAGGGUUUGUGCGGUAUAGAGGAAGGUAUCGCUCUCUCACCUCGUCAGGUGUCUUCUCUCGCGUCCCCUGCUGACGAUGCUGUCACACUAUCCGGAUCAUUAGGUUUAUUAUACAUGGGUUAUGUGAUGACGUCAGAAGACCGGACUAACUCCUGUGUGAAUGCUGAGAUGGACUGCAAGCCUGUCAUAACUUGACCUGUUGAUUUAUCUGCAAUUAAUGAUACCGAUUCAUUCUUCGAUGUAAAGAGCGUUUGUCUUAAUGAGCGUGAUGCUGCAGAGAUGUUUUGUGUUAAGUAAACAGUGUUCAAGUUCAUUGCACCUUGACAAACUCGAGUGUUGAAGAGAAAGCUAUAACGCUCCGUGUUCAGGACUGAUACAUCUACUGUUUUUAUUUAAUUGUGUUCUAUUUCUGCUUUAGUCCUCAAGCUAGCUUUCGUUUGGGUGAAAGUCGCUUCAUGUGUAGUCUAAUACGCAGCUGCCUGUCUAUAGCAUUACUUCAACUGAAUUUUUGUACUAUAACUUUUUUUUUUCCUUUGGUUUUUGUUUUCGAAUAUUACGGAUUAACGAUUGCGGCUUAAAGGACGGACUUUUCUCAGAUCUUGCCUUGAAACAAAAUGAAUUUAUUUUCUAUUUAAUGAUCCAUGCCUCAAAUGGGAAAUUGGAUGGUGUGGUUCUGUGCAUUUACAGUUCUUAUGAGUGUAUGUGUUCACUUUAUAUGUAAUUUUAUUGAUUGUGAAUAUUUGUGAAUAUUUUUAUUUCAUUUAUUUGGAGAACACUAAGGUCUCCACAGCACCUCCUGGUGGGGUGAAUGGUGAAUGACUGGAUCUGUGCUUUUCUCCUAAAUUAGCCAAAUGUGGUUUUUAUAUAUAUAUAUAUAUAUAUAUAUAUAUAUAUAUAUAUAUAUAUAUAUAUAUAUAUAUAUAUAUAUAUAUAUAUAUAAAAUAUGAUUAUUUGUGUAGAAUCAUUUAAGACAUAAGUUGUUUUGUUUGGUCACUGACUGAACCGGUGUUAAAAUCAUCGUAUUAGCUGGACGUCAUCAUACAGAAUCUUUGUCUAGGUGACGCAGGACCGGAUUUCCAUCGUGUGCAUUUUUUUUUUUUUUUUUUUUUUCAUGAAUGGUCGAACUGAAACUGAUCAUGCGCUGUUAUGUUCAAGAAGAAGAUUAUUAUUAUUAAUGGAAGCUUUUUAUCUUUACAUUCGGCAUAAUAAUUUCUGAUAUUUUGUGGAGCAGAUGGAUUACAGUAGCGUGAACGGACCUCGCGUGCAGUAUCUGCUUUGAGUCGUGAAAACACUGGUUCAACGGGGCAUUGUGGAAAACCUGUAUUUUCAACCUGUCUUUUCUUUUCUGCACCUGUACAGUAUGUUCCAGAUCCUUCUACAUCCGUCAUAAUCCGUGUCUCGUCAACGUCGAUUAGACGCUCGCUUACUUUAUCUGAUUUUUUUUUUUUUUUUACUGUUUAAUUCCUGAGUGCAUCGAGAGUGCGUCGUCCUCACAUACGGACGUGUCCUACAGAAACGACGGCAUGUUAAAGAGAUCAUUCCUUAUGAGAUAUUAAUUAUUAUAUUAAACUUUCAUCUUUCCUCAAAGCUACAGUCUUAAACCAUAUAAUCUGGUUCACAUAUUAUGCCUUAUUACAAAGAAUUAAAAAAAAGAAGCUCUUUAAUGAAGCGACAAAGGAAACGAGUCUGGAUACGAUGCGUUUGUCAUUGUACCAUGUUAAACUUUUGAUUUUAUUUUUUCUGAUUUAUAUUGAGAGAAGCAAAUUUCCUUACUAAUCUCCCAGCCACAGAUUAUACUGUAAUAGAACUGAAACCACACCGAGAUUAGUCAGGAUCUGUCCGCCGUAUUAUUAUGUAAGAUAUUUCUUUCAUUGUUCGAUGGUAUCACGACGAACGUCUAUUACAGAGACGGGUUUAAUUUUAUCUCUGGAUAUAAAGCAAGCCUUCGAAGAUAAAGGAAAGGAAAUUUAACUUGAAAGUUAUGAGAAAGUAAUUCUCACAGACCCUGUUUUUUUUUUUUUCUUUUUCACAACUGUUUUUGACCUUGUCUUGAACUACAUGCUGUUAAUGAGGAUUUCUAACAAGAAGCUUUGUUCAUGGACAGUGCUAUCAGGGCUUGGUGCGUGUCUUGGAUAAAGCAAGGCCCAGAAAAUGUAUAAUUAAUAUUGUGUGUAAAAUGUUGAAUGUCAUUUUUCAGAUUUUAUCCUUAUGCUUUAACUGUGCUAAAGGGCUCCAGUUGUGAAGAAUCCAUUAGUUUUUAAAAUUUUGGGAAGUUUUGUUUCAGACAGACAAGCAGCCUCUCUGUAUAAUGGCCAUUAAUCAGAGGCACCGAUAAACACUUUUUAUUCCUUCGACCCAGACGGGGAGCUCGAGUUUGGACCCUUUUUUAAUGUAAAAUAAAAAGAAUUUCUCUCUCUUACCCUUCAA